CGCCCACUUUGACUGGCUUGGUUCAGGAGACAAUAGAUUCAGCUCGUUUCUGCAUCCUGCCACAUUCUCUUCCACGCGAAGUAGACCCAAGCGUUGCGGAAACAAGCAUAUCACCCUCGCCUAAGAUAUUCAGCAUGGACGGUUUCGAUGUGACUAAAGCGCCGGAAGCCUACCGCGCCGUCAAGCCCAUCGCGGACCUCUUCGUCCUCGGGAUGGGGCUAGGCUGGACAGUCAACUACAUCGGCAUGGUGCACGUCUCCUUCCGCGACAAGACCUAUGCAAUGGCAAUCAUACCUCUCUGCGCCAACAUUGCCUGGGAAGCCGUGUUCGGGCUGAUCUACCCAUCGAAAAGCCUCCUUGAACAGGGAGUCUUCCUCGUGGGGCUGGCCGUCAACUUCGCCAUCAUCUACGCCGCCAUCAAACACGCCCCCAACGAAUGGGACCAUGCGCUGCUCGUCCAGCGCAACCUCCCGCUCAUCUUCCUCAUCGGCAUUAUCGUCUUCCUGACCGGAUUCCUGGCCCUGUCGCGCGAGAUUAGUCCGUCCCUGGCCUACUCCUGGGGGGCGGUCUUCUGCCAGCUGGCGCUGAGUGCUGGUGCGCUCUGCCAGUUGAUCAGCCGGGGCAGUGUUCGCGGCGCCUCGUAUACUCUGUGGCUCUCUCGCUUCCUCGGAUCCUCUUGCACGGUGGUCUUCGCUGGGCUGCGGUGGCGGUACUGGCCGGAGUCAUUUGCAUGGCUGAACAGUCCCUUGGUGCUGUGGAGUCUGGCGGUGUUCCUGCUCCUCGAUGUCUCGUAUGGGUUCUGUUAUUGGUAUGUUCAGCGCUGGGAGCAAUUGCAGUUGGUCAAAGGCGGUGGGGGGUGGAAAAGUGAAUAAUCGCUGGUAGGUUUUGGUCUGGGCCUGGGAAUGUUGUUGCCUCGCUUACUUUCUGCUAUUGCUAGAAGAUGAGUUCUAUAGUGAGUAUA